AUGACAGUGAUUAUCGAUCCAGUGAUGAAAUCGAGUAACCUCAAUGUAUUCAUCAAUUGGCUCAAUCAGCACGAGAAGUUGUCUAAGAUUCCAUACUUAUCAGCACACAAUGAGAAAGAAGGCGAUGAGUUCUAUUCGAAUUGGUUUAUGCAGAAUUUCAAGAAGGAUAUUGGAGUUUUGAGCUUCUAUGGGAAUUACUAUGCCACUGAACGUGCCGUGUUGAAAGUCAAUGGAAAAGUGGACAGUUUGGAAUUAGAUUCAAGUGAGAAACUGCUAGAUCUCGACCAUCUGAUCAGUAUGGACUGUGUCUAUAUAUCUGGAGAGACAUCUCUGACCAAUCGAGAUUUGAAUUCAUUUAUGAAGAAUUGGAAGGAAAUGAAGACUAACCAACGAGUGGAGUUUUAUUUUAUUGAUGCGGCAGAGAACUUGGAUUGGUCUAUUAUUUUGAAAGGAUUGGAUGGAGAGAUAAGAGAUGUUCGGACUCUUAGACGGGAGUACUUAUCACCCUGGAACGGGACACAAAUAUUCAAAGUGUAUGGAGGAGUGGAUAUCACAAGAACUGAUGGAAAAAUUGCCACAAUUGGGAUGAGACUCCAUAUUAUCGAUUCGAAGCCACUGUCUCGUGAAAUGAUAAGAGACUAUCAGAAGAUCAUUGUAGGUCAAAACAUGGAUGGACAAGAGAUGGAUAUGAACUUUGUACAUGAUCCGGAGUAUAGACUGAAUGCUUAUUGUCGGAAAGCAUUCUUCGUCAUGGUUGAAUGA